AUGAAAGAAGGAGGGUUUGGUGAUAGCUCAGGAGGUCUGGGAGAAAUGAUUAAAGUUCUCUUCCGAGGACUGAGCGGUGGUGGUGGGCUGCCGAUGCAGGCAUUGUUGGAACAAGCUCUUAGGGGCUUCUAUGGCAAUUUCAAGACGAUGGGGAUAGAACCAGGAGCUGAGUUUAAGAACGCAGUCGAAGCUGCUGAAGAAAUCGGUGCCAAGGUGAUAGCUGGCGAUGUGGAUAUAACACUGACGAUGGAAGGCCUUACUAGGGCUUUACAGCAAGACUGGCAACAGAUGAUGGCAUGCAGAGAACUCCUCGACUUGGACAUCGACCAUUCCAGAGGUUUUUUGGAUACUGCGGAGCAAUUGAAGAGUAGGGAAAAAGCUGCUCAAAUCAACGCGGCCAUGCGUAAAUGUGCGCCUCACGUCUAUGAGGUGAUGAUCGAGGAUAGGGAUAGAACUAUGGCAGGUUAUCUCUGCCGUUCAAGUCACCAGAAAAUGGUAGGUGUGGUGGGCAUGGGCCAUUGUGCUGGCAUUGAAAAAGCCUGGCUUGAACACUUCUUGGAUGUUUGA